CAGUGAGGCUCAGACAUUUUGUUCAUUCUCCCUGGCAUGCGCCAUGUCGGUGGAAGGGGAGUGGAUGACAGUGAGGAUCGAGAGGAGGUGGAGCGAAGACAGCGACGGGAUGGAGGUGGAGAGAAGACCUGGUGAACUGGGUGACGACAGCUUGGACGAUGGCUGCGAUCGCUGUGCUCGACGCUGCGCCUUUGUGUUCUUCUUUCUUCUGGCCCUGACAGAGGUCACACUAUUGAUUCCCACGGUGCACUUCGAGCUUGAUUCUGGUAGCACGGCCGUGCUCAUCGUUUUACGUUGCUUGCUGACGCCCUUUCGGGUACUGCCGGCCAUUGACCGACUAGUGCGAUACCUGCAGGCUUUAUGCAUGUGCUGGUGCCGAUGCAGCUGUCGGAGUAGUCUACGCUACCAGUCCAUUUGGAACUGGCGUUUGGCACUCACUCUAUCAGUGAUUUGUGAUUCGGCCUACUUAGCCACCUCGGGGCUCACUGCGAAAAGUGAGAAUUUCGUGAUCACCAUGGUGGUGAUUUGUAACAUGGCCCUUUUCGUGGUGGACGCUCUCUUCAUCAUGCACCUGGCCUUUUGCUAUGUGCCACCCCCUUCAGAGGAACAGGAAAAUGAGUUUCUCGCAGCCAUGGCCAGCGUGCACUACGAGGAGCGAAAAGUCUUCCGCCCCAAACACAUCAAGCUGGGCGCCACGGAAGAGGGCGACCGGACCUGCAGCAUCUGCUUAUGCGAAAUCGAGCAAGAAGAUGAUGCCGCGCGCUUACCAUGUGGCCACACUUUUCACACCAGCUGCAUCAGAGAAUGGCUGCAUCGCAGUACCUACUGUCCACUCAGAUGCCCUGACAUGGUGCUGCCUCCAAAAGGGAAGCGCCUGGGGGAGGCCCCGGGCUUUGCCUCCGUGUUACCGGGGGAAGUCGUGCAGCCGGAGGAAGUUUGAGGAGCGGAUGAAGAAAAGCGGUGGAGCAGUGAAGCCAUCCAUGAAAGAUACUGAUACAUCCAUGAAAGGGUGUAUAGUGGUGUAUAGUGGUGUAUACUAUGCAGUGUAUUUAUACUGUAUAGUGGUGUAUACUAGUCUUCAAUGUCGGCUGAUUUGUGGCUGGCAGAGCACUCCCCUGUUGGUGUCUCCAGCUGGCUUUCUGGCGAGCUUGUGCCAGCUAUGAUUGAGAUUGUAGAUCGUCAAGGUGGUGUCCAUCAAAAUCCCACCAUGCC